AUGGCAUUGCGAAGACGUCAACGAGGAAGCUCAAAGCUCGAGGAGCUACUACCAAUCCUCCUCACCGUCAAGGGGGCACACGACUCCAAACCUGCUAGCGCAAAGCCCACUAUCAAAUCGGAGCCCACUGAGAGGAGUUCAUGCACGCCACGAGCAAAGUCGACAACGUCCCACCGACAGCUUCAUGCCUCCAAAACACACGGAUCGCCCAGCAUUAACCACAACGGUCCGUUCCGCUUCCUCGAGCUGCCUCAGGAAAUCAGAGACGAGGUAUACUCGUACCUCGUAGUCCGCCAAACACCACAUUCGCCCCCCAUUCUCGACGCAACAACAAUCCUGAGGAACCGCAAGAAACGCCUGGCCGCACGAAAAACGCGGGAGCGCCUCAACCAACAACGACUUUCAGAUGGAAAGCGCCCAACAUGUCCACAGGCAACUCAUCCCGAUCCUAUUCUACACGUGGACCUCCUUCGAACCUCGCAGAGACUGGCCGAUGAAGCGACAGACUGCAUGUACUCCAAGAACUGGUUUGCCAUUUCGCUCGACAAGCUCCCUGCACCAACAUUCGAAAUUCCCCCGGGCUGGGACCUCUCCCGUAUCAAACGACUUCAGGUCGAGGUUCAACUCAAAGACGCAAUACGCAUGAACCGCUACGUCGACUGGGCAUCCUUUUUCUCUGCCUUUUCGUCUCUGCAGUUUCUACGUAUCGUCCCGACUCUACAUACACGCUAUUACGAAUGGGCCUAUCCGGAGCUGAUGGACUGGACCACAACCCCUUUUGUACACAAAGCCUUUUUUCGGGAACUCUUAGCAGCAAUACCACCGUACAUUGACCUCAAAAUCGGAUUUCCCAUGGAUUCAGCUGGAGACAUGCAAAUGCAAGGCAAGACCGCCAUGAGCACAAAAUUUCUAUGGGAUAUGUACAUGGAACUCGGAAACAGAGUCGACAGUGCUGGGAAACCACUGGCCAUCAACCGAGUGGUGUCAUGACGGACUACCGGAAGCCUCUGCGAGAGCUAUACGACAGGGAUUCAUUUAUCGGCGCAGCAUAUGUAAUUCUCUAGAUCAUCUUUUGUCAUUCCUGUUCACAGCCCCUUUGUCCUCAGCGCAAGAUCCACGAGCAUUUGCAGUUUGAAUUAUCGGCAUAGGCUGGAUACCAACCCAGCACCCUGUAAUGUCAAGAAUAAUGCCUGCCUGCAGGCUGUAAUAAGC